ACCGGUUUGUGAACACGCACAGCGCGAUCUCUCGGCGGAUCGCACGAUCUCUCACAUCGCGCAAUCCUUCUCUUUGCGGAGUCUUUGCGACCGGCUACCACUACACGAAAAAAAAAGACCGAACAGAAUCUAUGCCCAACGGGAGAAAAAGAUGCUGCCAUUCAGUCGAUGAUUUUGAGACGCAGACGCUCCGUGUGUUAAGCAGAUCUCUCGCAGACUCUUCCCGUGCGCUGUCUUUGCGCGUUGCGCUUCAAGUGAAAAUAAGUGAAUAAUUGAAGGGGGUAAUUGGAGGGAAGUGAUUGUGCGGUGUUUUGUGUGUUGUGCUUUGCGCAUAGCGCAAAGAGAAGAAAAUAGGAAAAAAAUCGGGUUAAGAGUGGAAUUUGGGUCUCUGCAGAAAUCUCCCACACAGCCGGCCGGUAGUUGAGGGAACACGAAAGAAUAGAAGCAAAAAAAAAACGCCAAGAAAUGUAUGCAUUCCGCCACAGCUAAAUAUACCGGUGUCCGACCGUUCGGGGCGCGAUGACACUUAUCGAAAGUCGAUAAUCAAAACGCGGUCAGCCACCCAUUAACGGGAUACGCGCAUAAGCUCUACGCUAACGAACGCGCAACGUGAUAAGAACACGUCAGGUGCUCCAGAUUUGACACCAUCGAUUGAAGGCCGGAUAUCUAUCUUGUCGCGGGUUUACUGUUUUUUUUCGGAAGGAAGCAGUCAGUAGACGAAACCAAGUCGGGGGUAUUUUUGCAUCGACACAUGCAGCUGCGGAAACUGGCUAAAGCAACAGAUUUUUAUGAACGAGCGACGCCACAUACGAAAGGAAGACCAGCGUUUUGAUAUGCAUUACCGGUGGUGUUAGUCCGGCAGGAAUUUGACUCAUGGAAGCAAUAGCAGGGGGAGUGAGGAGCAGCCGAACCGUGCAGGAGGUCUAACAUGAUAACUCCCAUCGAUCAGUGGAUAGGUUCCCCGUCGUCACCCUCCUCCUCAUACUCCGACAAAUGGAACUCCCACUCGAAGAAGAUCUGCUACCGCAAGGAGAUUGUCAAGAUCCGCCCUUGCGGAGGACCCAUCAAUUCCGUCAAUUGCUUGUGAUGCCCAAUGUCAGUGUUGUUGUGCUUAGUGUUAGAAGAAACCAAUUAUAGGAUAGAAUAUACGUAAGCCAUUUGAGUCAAAGUGCGAGUGCAAGUGAGAGUACUUUCGAAGAGUGAGAUUCGUAGCAGCUAUACGAUACUUAGAGAAUAAUGUCCCAGCGGAAGAAGAUUCUGUACGGGUUGUUCGGGAUCAUCAUCGGGCUGUGCGUCGGGGCGCUCUUCCGGAACUAUCGCACCCUGGAGAUUGUCAGCAUGUGCAACUCGAUGAACAGUGUGAAGCAGAAGUCUGCCCUCGAAAUAAUCGGACUGCACCCAUCGGAGGCGCCCGACAACUCGCAGCACAACCUAGUCUUCGUGGGGGUAAUGACUGCCAAAGAUUUUCUGCAAAGUCGCGCGAAAGCCGUGUACGACACCUGGGGAAUGAACAUCCCCGGACGGAUAGCCUUCUUCAGCUCGGAGGAGUCCGUGGCGGAGAAUCUUCCCCUGGUAGCCCUGAAGGGAGUGGACGAUAGGUACCCUCCGCAGAAGAAAAGCUUCAUGAUGCUCCACUAUAUGUACGAACACUACAUCGACAAGUUCGAGUGGUUCGCCCGGGCCGAUGACGACGUGUUCAUCCGGACGGACAAGCUGGAGAUGUUCCUAAGAUCCAUCGACAGUUCGAAGCCGCAGUUCAUCGGGCAGGCGGGUCGUGGAAACAGUGAAGAGUUCGGUCUGCUCUCGCUCGAGUUCGACGAGAACUUUUGCAUGGGUGGCCCGGGUGUCAUCAUGAGUCGCGAGACACUGCGACGGGUUGCUCCCCACAUUCCAACCUGCCUUAAAAAUCUCUACAGCACUCACGAAGACGUUGAAGUCGGACGAUGUGUACAAAAGUUCGCGGGUAUCCCAUGCACCUGGAACUAUGAGAUGCAAUCCAUUCUGCACCACAACUCCAGCGGAGUGCGUGCCUUCUCGGGCAACCUUAAGAACAAGGAAGUCCACAGUGCCAUUACACUGCAUCCGGUAAAGAAGCCUGCCUUCAUGUAUCGGCUGCACACAUACACCCUGGGCCUCAAGGCCCAGGAGCUUCGCCAACAGUCACUCUUCCUUCACCGGGACAUAGCCCAGAUGACGGCUCUGUUGCAGAUCCCAAAGAUCAAUAAAAAUCUCGCGCCCGGCGUUCCUAUCUUCCCGUCGGACGAAACCAGCACGGGGUAUCUUGGUGACCAUGAUGUUCUAGCAACAUUGACUAUUCUAUUUCAAGCAUUGACACCAGACCUGAAUCGGCAUCGACCCGCGCAGCUGGACGAGAUCAUCGAGUGGGAUUUCAUCGCCAAAAGUCUCUACUCGGGGAUGCAUCCGAACCCGAAGCGUAAAAUUGAAUCUUCCCUGAAGGAAGGUUUGAACGACGUGGUUCGAGAGAUCAUGGAACACAUCAACAACUUCUCGCGCCAGCGGGGUCGAGUGAUCGAGUUCCGCGAGCUGUUGUACGGUUACAUGCGGGUCAACAGUCUGUACGGACAGGAUCUGAUUCUGGAUCUGCUGUUGGUGUACAAGAAAUACCGGGGAAAGAAGAUGACUGUGCCGGUGCGGAGGCAUCUCUACAUUCAACGCUCCUUCACGGACGUUCGGGUGCGGGAAAUUACCGGUGGGGUAAUUCCAGCGCAUGCCGUUACUUUGGAUCGACGGUUACCGGGGGUAACCACCAGAGCGUGGCACAAUUCCUCGGGACUAGAUCGCAUGCGAUACAUCCUGAACAGUGGUCUCGAGAAACUGCAGGAUACCUUCGCCAUCAGUAAUCCUCUCGUGUACGAACUGAGACCUGCCAAAGAUCGAAUCGUGUUCGUGAUCCCGCUCGCUGGUCGAUCGGAAACGUUCAUGCGAUUCCUACGCAACUUCGAGGAGAUCGCUCUGAAGCAGGAUCAACGCACGGAUCUGCUCGUUUCGAUGUACAUCGACCCGCAGGAAUCUCCCCUUGUGACGGGUCUUUUGGACCAGCUACGGCAGCAGUAUCCCACCAACAGGAUAAACUACCUGCAGCUGUACGGUAAUUUCUCCCGAGGGAUUGCCCUCGAUCGUGCCAUCAAGAGUCCCUUCUGCAAGCAGGAUGACAUACUGUUCUUCAUCGAUGUCGACAUGAUUUUCACCCAGCAGACGCUCGACCGGAUACGAGCAAAUGUCAUAGUGAACAGACAAGUCUAUCUGCCAAUAGUUUUCAGCGAAUAUGACCCCCGUCCUGAAUUAUCAACCGACGGAGGCUCCAAACCAAUCACCACUGAACACUUCAAUCCAAGUUCCGCCAGUCGGAACUUCUCGGCGCCGUAUCCCGUGAUGAGCUCGAACGGUUACUUCCGCCAAUUUGGCUACGGGCUGGCCGGAAUCUACAAAUCGGACAUCCUCCGACCCGAUCUGGGUGGCUUCAACACCGACAUCAACGGCUGGGGUCUGGAGGAUGUCAAAUUUCUCGAAAACAUAAUCGCUGCCAACGUGAAGGGGAGCCAACGGCUGCUGGAUGUGGCCGACGGGAAGGUGGAUCCGUUUCAGGAUCACCAGCUCGGCCAGCAGCAGGAGCUGACAGUGUUCCGGGCGCCCGAUCCCUCGCUGGUGCACAUCUUUCACGCGAUCAAUUGUGAUACAAACCUGGAGGAGGCUCAGUACAGGAUGUGCCUCGGGACGAAAGCCAAUACUCUGGGCAGCUUUCGGGAGCUGGAGAAACGAUUCGCCCACGACCGCGAGCUGCUGCUUUAUGGCCGCAAAGGUCGAGGGAUUCGGUAGAAGGGGUAGCAGAGCAUGGGGUACCUUUAGAUUGUAAGCCAGGGGGGAAAUAGGAUAUUAUUUUGGAGGAUCCAAGAGCCUUUAUGUAAGAUAAUAGAAUCAAAUAAAUUCG